AUGAGAUGGAUAAGGUCGGUGCCACCACCAUUUGUCAAUUUAUCACAAAAUCCAACUCUACAGGAAAUCCAAAAAUGGAAGACUGACGCGUAUCAGGUGCGAUCAGAAGCGAAAGCUCUCGAGACCACCAACACUGGUCUAAAGGCUCAGCUUCAAGCCGCUAAUGACCGUAUCGAACAUCUGAACAAGACGGUCAAUGAUGGCACUAUCAAAAUCCGCGACUUAUCGUCACAAGUGCGACGCCUCGAAGAAGACCUCACUGAUACAAAGUCGAAUCUCACACAGAAAGAAUCAGAUCUCGAGAGCACCACCAACAGGUUGCGUACUCUUGAGGAGCAGUAUGCUCAACUUCAAAUUGAUGCUAACAAAUGGCGAAGCGAACUUGACACAGUACAGAGGGAGAAUGAUGUUCUCAGAAGCACUAAUGCCAACCUUGAUUCGGAGAACAAUCGGUUGAAAAACCGCCUCAAGAACGCUGAGGACUCCAUUAAAGAGUUGAAAAACAGCUUGAACCAUUUGAAACAGGAGCGCGAACGCCUCCAGAAUGCAUACAGGGACAAAGCGAAGCAGGCUGAUCAUCUUCAGCAGCUCUCGCAGCAGUUCGACUCAAAACUGCAAAAACUUCGCCAAGAACUGCAGGAAACCUCAGAUAAGCUCAUCACUGCCGAUACGGAACGUUCAACGCUUCGUACAGAACUGGCCAAACUUCAGCAGGAACUCAAAUUUGGUGCUGAACAGAUGCAGAGAAAGACGGACGAGUAUCAAUCGACUCUUGACGAUUUGGCAAAUGCGCAUAGAGUUUCUGAAGACGGCAGACUUAACGCUCUGCAAGAGCUCGAGAGCCGCAAGUACGAGAUGAGCGACCUGCAGUCACGCUUGGAAAGUACCGAACAGCGUUUGAUCACUCUACAGCAAGAUUUCAUUAACGUUGAUUCUGAGAGAGAUUCGUUGGCAGAUGCAUUGCGGCGAUUCCAGGCUUCUGCCAGCCGCGUCAUCAACCUCAACCGCUUCCGUCAAGACAUCAUUGAAGGCGAGCCAGGACGUGAGGUGGAAAUCCCAAGAGGCGAAGGCAUCGAGGAUGUACAAUAUCCACGUUCCGUGCCGUUCCCCGUCGGCAUCGAUUACACUGGCACCCAUGUGGGCGCGCGACCAAUCAGCAACAGCGGGAUGCGCCGUCGUCGCAUACUCAAUAAGCUAAUAUGCUGGCGUUUUAUAGCAGGCGGUCGCGUAGCCACUACAUUAACUGGAACGACUACUGUCAACAUCAAUGACACCGUCAACGUUUCUCAGCUCGAAGAUACGCUCCAUCAACUUGUUGGAAGAAUUGAGAAACUGGAGCUUGAAAGAAACGAGCUUCGCGACACAUUGAAUCGUCUGCGCAAAAAGACGAGUGAAUCGCACACGACAAUCAAUAAGCAUGAGACCAGAUACAAGACAAUUGAGGAUAAUUUAAAUGACAUUGAAGAAGACAAGCGUGCUUUGGAAGCCCGAUUGGCGUCUGCCAAGCAGCUUCUUCGCUCCCAGGAAGAAGCGCUAAAACAGCGCGAUGAGGAGCGUCGACAGAUGAAGUCGAAAAUGGUGGCCGCCGAAUUGCAGGCGAGGGGCAAAGAGGCUCAACUAAGACAUCUUAACGAACAACUCAAGAAUCUGCGCACUGAUCUGGAAAAUGCUCAUGCUGACAUUCGUGCACUGCGAGACAGAGAGGAAAGCUGGGAUGCCAGCCGAUUCCAGCUUGAGAGCAAGAUAAGGGAACACGAUAGUCAUUCGCAGAAACUCCAGAUCCAAAUCAGCACCUUUGAAAGCGAGAGACAGAACCUCAUGGAAAAGAUCAAAGAACUCGACGGAGCCCUCCGCCUAAGCGAGAAUAAAGUACAGGAUAUGCGCGAGGAUGCCGACAAACUGAAGAGGGAUCUGGCUAAAGCUGAGUCAUAUGAAGUGGAACUGCGCAAGUACACUGAAACCCAAAGCAAGAGCAGCAACGAGCUGCAGAUUCUCAAGGACCAAUUGCUCAAUGCUCAGAAUGACCUGAGUGCAAGCAAUUCGCGCAAAUCUCAGCUUGAGUCUGAGCUUCUGAAUGUUCGCAGUGAACUGCGUGAUUACAAGCAGCGCGUACAUGACGUGAAUGGACGUGUCUCCGAACUACAACGUCAACUGCAAGAUGCGAACUCAGAGAAGAAUCGCCUUGAGGACAGAAUUCUGAAUAUGGAAAAGAAUUUGAAUCAGCAACGCACAGCGGAGAACGAACUCCGACAGCAGCUGGAUUCGGCCAAGAACGACAAACGUUCCGCGGUAAAGGAGCUUGAGGAGCUGAAACGCCGUAUUAUGCAGCUCGAGAGCGAAAGACGUGCAAACACGCAGCUGAUGGACAGCUGGAAGAAGGAGAAGUAUAUGCUUCAGAAGAAGAUUGAAAUGAUGGAAUCGGAGAAACGUAGAACAGAAGCAGCAAUUCGUGAGACUGCUAUGCAGCGAGAAGCUAUUGAGAAAUCUCUUAAUGCUAUGGAACGUGAAAACAAGGAACUCUACAAAAACUGCGCUCAGCUCCAGCAACAGGCAAAUUUGACUAUCCCACAAGACUUUUUGGAAAUUUUGUGCGAAGACCUCUCUACUUUGCUUAACAUUUUUUAG